GAAAGCCUCGAACCGAUUCCGGACGUUUCGCGACACUUUGGCUGUGUGGACGUCGUUCGAAUCCCGCACUUUAACCAUGGCGUCGUCUGGAUGGCGGCGACUGAUUCCAUCCCGAAGCAAGCGUAAGGAUGCUGUUAGCGAACCUUCGAAGCCGAAAAAUCCUUUUGAGGCUCCUGCUCAAGGUCUCAAAGUAGUGGAGGAGGGAGAGCAGCCGGUGAUAGACAUCGUUGCUGUCCAUGGAUUGAACGGGCACCGCGACAAGACCUGGACGGCCGUGAACGGCGUGCACUGGCUCCACGAUCUCCUGCCGACCGAUAUCCCGAACGCGCGCGUCUUCUGCUGGGGAUACGAUGCGAACACGCAUGGCGACCGCGUCAGCUGCCAAUACCUAUACGACCAUGCAAGACAAUUGGUGUCGGAUCUGUGCCUUCAGAGAAGGCUUACAAAGACAACGCAACGGCCAAUUAUCUUUGUGGCACACAGUCUAGGUGGGAUCAUAGUCAAGAGCGCUCUCAUCCACUCGGACGCGGCACGUAAAGGCGCGCUAGCAGAACAUCGGUCGAUUACGACGUCGACAUACGGGAUCAUGUUCAUGGGCACGCCUCACCAAGGCGGCAGCGGAGUGCAGCUAGGGAAGCUGCUGAUCAAUGUGGCAUCAGUGUUUAUAGCUGCAGACGACCGGCUAAUGAAGCAUCUCGAGCAGAACUCGGAAUGGCUUCAACAGCAGCUUGGGCAGUAUAAUCCGAUCAGCAGCAAGUUUGUAACAAAGUUUGCGUACGAGGAGUACAAGACGCCGACGGUGCUGGGUCAUUCAAUUAUGGUGGUACCACUUGCAUCAGCGGUUGUUCCUGGUGCCGCCGACGCAGAGCCGAUCGCCAUCCACGCAGACCACAUCAACAUGACCAAGUUCGCGUCGAAAGAAGAUAAUGGAUAUAGAACUGUGUCGGGGCAUCUGCGAAUCAUGGCUGAGAGUGCGGGCGAAGCCAUCGUCUUACGGUGGGCAGAGGAGGGUAGGGUCGAUGCUGCGCGUACUAACUCUGAAGAGAGCUUUCGUGUCGUCUUUAGCUUGCCUGAGGCCUCUGAGACCGAUCACUUUGUUGCAAGACAAGCGGAGCUCGCUGCAAUGCAUAAGGCGCUCAGCGAGGGUACCGGCCGACAAGCAGUCACUCUGCACGGUCUAGGCGGGAUUGGCAAGACACAGCUGGCAAUUGCAUACGUCAAAGCGCACCGUGACGACUAUUCGGCAAUAUUCUGGCUGAACAUCAAAGACGAAGUGUCAGUAAAGCAGAGCUAUUUGCGGUUAGUAAGACGGAUCUUGCAGGAACAUCCAUCGGCCAGCCAGCUUAGUGGAAUCACGGAGGACAGCAAACCCGACGAAGCAGUGGCAGCAGUCAAGCGAUGGCUAGAGCAUGGCAAGAACACGCAUUGGUUGAUAAUGUUAGAUAAUUACGAUAACCCCAAGGUUCCAGGUAACGCGGAUCCUGGUGCGGUCGACAUCCGGCAGUUUCUGCCUGAGGCAUAUCAUGGCUCGGUAGUUGUGACAACGAGAUCGUCGAAAGUCAGUAUCGGCCAUCGCAUAAAGGUAGGGAAGCUGGAAGAUAUAAGGGACAGCCUUCAGAUACUCUCUAAUGCCUCACACCGUGAGGACGUUAUCGACAAUCCUGACGCAGCCGAACUUGCUAGAGAGCUGGAUGGCCUACCGCUGGCCUUGGCUACGGCGGGCGCCUACCUUGACCAGGUGGCGACAAGCUUUGCUGCCUACCUUCGCCUGUACAGAGCAUCAUGGCUGAAGCUGCAACAGACGAGUCCCCUCGUAAGCAGUUACGAGGACCGGCGACUGUACUCGACAUGGCAGCUAUCAUUCGAACAUAUCAAGCAGCAGAACGAGCUAUCGUCAAGACUGCUUCAGCUAUGGGCAUACUUUGAUAAUCAAGAUCUGUGGUUCGAGCUUCUGCAAGAAGGAAGGUCUAGCGGUCCGGACUGGCUUCGUCAACUCACGCAGGACGAGCUGAGCUUCAACGAGGCGGUAAGGGCUCUGUGUGAUUACGCGUUGGUGGAAGUGGACAGGUCCUCUAGAGGAAGCGUUGAGUCUCAAGGGUACGGGAUGCAUAGUUGUGUGCACUCAUGGACGGUGUAUGUAGUCAACCAAGAAUGGGAUUCUAAGAUGGCCGAGGUAGCUCUGGAGUGUGUGGGCAGCCAUGCGCCAGAGGUUAAUGCACAGCACUCCUGGCUGACUCAGCGUCGGCUGUUGCGACACUUAACCAAGUGUUGGGGGUUUAUUAUCGACGGCAGACUAGAUGACGAUGGCAAGGACUGGAUUCUGUACAACUUCGGAUAUAUAUAUUCGAGCUUUGAGAAGGCACUCGGCCAAGAAGCGGCGAAGACGUAUAUACCGGCGCUCAACACAGCUCAGAAUAUGGCCAAUAUCUUUCAGCAGACAGGCAGAGUGCGGGAAGCGGAGGAACUAUGUGGACAGGCUCUCCUUGGUGUUGAAGCGGUUUUCGGACGCUUGAGCGACAGAUAUCAAAGUCUUAGUUUAGCUUUGGACGCACUGCGCAGUAACAGUGAGCGCGAUAUCAAUUGCUAGCUCUAAUGCAAUCAUAAC